AUGAGUUGUAAGGUGGAAUUGAUUCCAAUUACUGAGGGUAAUCAUAUAACGAUAAAAGAAGAUGAAAAGAUUAUUGUUGGACGAGGAUCAUCAUUAGGUUGUACAGAUAAAAAGAUUUCUCGUCACCACGCUGAAUUGUUGUUGAAAAAAGAGGGAACACUUGUCAUCAAGCCAACGCAUACAAAUCCCGUUUUCUAUCGACCACUAAAUGGGAAAACAGUUCAUUUAACCAAAGAUGUCGAACAAGAAUUGAAAGAUGGUGAUCAAAUUGGCUUAUUACCAACAAGUUACUUCUUUCGCGUUAGCAUUACAAAAGAUUCGAAUAAAACCACGGAUGAACAUCCUGGGAAUGGUGCAGAUAAUCAUACUGAUAUUUCAUCUGUACAAAGCAAAGAUUCCAAUCAAUCUGAACCGACGAGUUCAGAUCAGCCAGCACGGAAACUGCCUACAUGGAUGACAGCAUCGACUUCUUCGUCUUCUCCGAAAAAAACUGCAUCAACUAGCCUUAAACGACAAUUGAGCGAAGAGGCUGAUCAAUCUAAGAAGACUGAUGACACAUCUAAUCAACAGCCGUCCAUGUCAGAUACAUCGUCUACUGCAAAACCAGUUGACAGUGAUAAUGGAGAGACAUUCGAUUCUGUUCCAUCAAAAAAACAUAAAUCCCAAGGUAAACCUCGUGUACGUUGUCCGUACGGUAAAUCAUGUUAUCGAAAAAAUCCCGCUCAUCGAGCAGAACAAUCUCAUCCAGGUGAUUCUGAUUGUGAAGAUGAUAAAGAAACCGAAGAUGAAGAUAAGAAAAGCGACGAUGCUGACAAACCUUCGUGUCCAUAUGGAAAAUCGUGCUAUCGACAAAAUCCUCAACAUAAACGCGAAUAUAAACAUUGA